CCCGGCCAAUUCCAGUAAUCUCUGACUCUUUUCCCCCUUGUCACUCCCUGUCUAUCUCUCCUCUUUCCAUCUCUUUGAUUGACUUUGGCAAAGUUUAAAGCAUGGGCUGUGGGAAUUCCACCUCUGCCAGCACAGCUGCAGGUCCAUCUGAGUCAGCCAUAGAUGUGCAGGACGAUUCAUCAAUGGACGAUGAGAAGAGGAGGAACUAUGGUGGAGUGUAUGUGGGCUUGCCUGCAGACCUCAGCAACGUGGCCACCGGACAAACACCCUCCACACAAAAAGGUGAGAAACAGACCCAGCAGGACGAUUCAUCAAUGGACGAUGAGAAGAGGAGGAACUAUGGUGGAGUGUAUGUGGGCUUGCCUGCAGACCUCAGCAACGUGGCCACCGGACAAACACCCUCCACACAAAAAGGUGAGAAACAGACCCAGUGA